UAGAUUCCCAUCUAUGAAGCACUUCUAUUUGUGUGGCCAUCUUCUCACUUAACGGUGCCCUUUCGUCCCGGGGAAGCGAAGGACUAGUAGUCACCCCGAGAUGUUAAUGAAGUUUCCCAAUUGGAGACUGUGGAUAAUUGUAUGGAGGAGGGAUCUUUUCUGCUGUGGCCUUCCCCGGCGUUGUGCGAUGCUAGACAAAGAACUGGAACAGUGGUAGUGACCCGGACUAGGGGGCAUGGAGCGGAAGCCUCUGACGAUAGACAGAAAAAUCAAGGAAGAUGUCUAAGCAACAACCAACUCAGUUUAUAAAUCCAGAAACUCCUGGCUAUGUUGGAUUUGCAAAUCUUCCCAAUCAAGUUCACCGAAAAUCAGUGAAAAAGGGGUUCGAGUUCACACUGAUGGUGGUUGGUGAAUCUGGUCUUGGAAAAUCAACUCUCAUAAACAGCUUAUUCCUGACUGAUCUUUACCCAGAAAGAAUUAUACCUGGAGCUGCAGAGAAAAUUGAAAGAACUGUCCAAAUUGAGGCUUCAACUGUUGAGAUUGAAGAGCGGGGCGUCAAGCUUCGGCUUACAGUAGUGGACACACCUGGCUAUGGGGAUGCCAUCAACUGCAGGGAUUGUUUUAAGACAAUUAUCUCCUACAUCGAUGAGCAGUUUGAACGCUACCUACAUGAUGAGAGUGGACUGAACAGGCGGCACAUCAUUGAUAACAGGGUUCAUUGUUGCUUCUACUUUAUCUCACCUUUUGGACAUGGAUUGAAGCCCUUAGAUGUUGCAUUUAUGAAAGCAAUACAUAAUAAAGUGAAUAUUGUGCCUGUCAUCGCAAAAGCUGACACACUCACUCUGAAGGAGCGUGAGCGGCUGAAGAAAAGGAUUUUGGAUGAAAUUGAAGAGCAUAACAUCAAAAUUUAUCACUUACCAGAUGCAGAGUCAGAUGAAGAUGAAGAUUUUAAGGAACAGACUAGACUCCUCAAGGCCAGUAUCCCAUUCUCUGUGGUUGGCUCUAACCAGUUGAUUGAAGCCAAAGGCAAGAAGGUCAGAGGUCGUCUCUACCCAUGGGGUGUUGUAGAGGUGGAGAACCCAGAACACAAUGACUUCCUGAAGCUGAGAACAAUGCUCAUUACCCACAUGCAAGACCUACAGGAAGUGACCCAGGACCUUCACUAUGAAAACUUCCGUUCUGAGAGGCUGAAGAGAGGCGGCAGGAAAGUGGAGAAUGAGGAUAUGAAUAAAGAUCAGAUCUUGCUUGAAAAGGAGGCUGAGCUUCGCCGCAUGCAGGAGAUGAUUGCAAGGAUGCAAGCGCAGAUGCAGAUGCAGAUGCAGGGUGGUGACAGUGACAGUGGGACACUCGGGCACCAUGUGUGAGGUGGUGUUUGCAUAUUAGUACAUUGGAGAG